AUGCCUUGCAGGAUGAAUUCUUGUUUGGCUUUCAUCUCAUUCUUGCAAUUCCAGUCUUGCUCAUGUGCCAGACGCGGCAGAUUUGUUUGGGAUGCGCUGGCCCUGCCCAUACUGGCUUUGUCAGUAUCAAGGCCUAGGGUGCUAAUCUUGGGCCUGGGUGGCGGCACCUGCGCACGGAUCAUACAGGACUUGAGCCCAGAGGCAGUCAUUGUUGGUGUAGAGUUGGACGCAGAGGUGCUCCGCGUGGCCAGAGAGAACUUUGACCUUGACGCUUUAGAGAUCGAGGUAUGUGAAAUGGACGCCCUGCAGUUCUUGCGGGAGGACAAGCGCAAGUUCGACCUCAUCAUAGACGAUGUCUUUGCAGGCUAUGCCAGGAGUGUGAAGAAGCCACGUUGGCUGCCCCAGCCGGGAUUCCGCUUGGCAAGGCGUCGUUUGCAGCCAGGAGGCUUAUUGGUGACCAACGCCUUGUGUCGUGAAGCAAAGUAUCUUCAACAAGGCUUGCAGCGGCUUUUUCCUGCCCUCCUUCGACUUAGGGUGUCAGAUUACGAGAACGAGAUCUUUCUGGCCGGGCCGACCAAAUGCUUGAGCAGCUUCCAGGAAAGGGCUGAGGUGCAGUCACUUCAAGACAUCACGGUGGAACGCCCAGGAGCUCGGAGCAUCAAGGAGAUUGGCAGCAUUCGCACUUGA